UAUAAGUCCGAGUUGCAAAUUAAGCAUUAGCUGCAAAUAGAAGAAAAACUAGCGAACUAAUAACUUCAUCAUUGGCGUUUGUGUUCGCAACCCUGGCUUAGUUUUUUUGGACGGAUUCUAAAUGCCACAAAAAAUUUAUGUUAUCGUCAAAUUUCGUUUCUUUCGCUCAUGACUUCCUUCUCUCUUUUCAGCCCUUGCGGUGCAAUGCUGAGGAACUUCUGGUGAUUCCAUUUUCCCAGCUAGCAGAUGUCGCUACUGAAGUUGCCAAAGACGUUGAACAUGUCACAACUGUUUUCAUUCACCAUACAAUGCGCUGCGGGUCUACACUGCUCGUCAAAGCUCUGCAAGCGAGUGGUGAGAUGCACACGAUUUCUGAAUCCGACGUGUUCACCAGUUUUUCACGUUUUGCCCUACAAAAGGACACGUCUGAGGAUGAUAAGGAGAUGCUCUUAGACGUCAUCAAACACACCAACACCCUUUUCAACUACACCCUGUUACAGAACGAUCCUUCCAAAACAAUUACCUGUUACAAAAUGCGUGGUCAGGUUGGCCCCAUUGCGGAUGUGUUGCAAACUGCAUUGCCAGAAGUUAAGAACAUCUUCCUGUAUCGAGACGUUGCCGGAUUCGUAGAUUCUAACAAUCAUCUCAUGGCAGAGGGCCGCUUUUGGAAGUACUGGCUUCAAACUGCUCUGAAACGUGAUGUCAAGUAUGUUGAGAACAUAUCUGACAUAGUGUUCCCAGAUCCACGGAAUGACCCUGUGUUUACAUCUAUUCCCGUUACCCAUGGUACUGUUUGGUUCUUUACAUGUAUUUGGCUUAUGCUUAUGAAGAAAGCAAACGAUCUGACCAAAGAAGACCCACAUAGAUGCUUCCAUGCAAUUUUAAGAUACGAUGAGUUAUGUAUGUAUAAGGAGGACAUGAUUUUGAAAGUUCUGAAUAUUCUAGGAAUCGAGUGUCGAGAUAAGGAUGCCAAACAGAAAAUACGAGAGGUUUUCGGUGUGGACAGUCAGGAGGGCCACAGAUUAUCUAGUAGGGGGCCGAGUGGGGGAGGCAGCUGGGUGGGGGAUUGGGAGAUGGGCAUCGUUUUAAAAGUUAUUGAACAGACUAACAUGGAAAUCAACCAACCAGGAUUUGUACUCAACGGAACUCUCACCCAAAUCUGAAAAGUUCCAUAAAGCUACAUGAAAGUUACAUGAUAUAAA